UUAAAAGCUGCAAUUUAUCUCGUCCUCUUGUCAAUUACGAUUCACGAUCGAAGACUCAGAGCCACUCGUCGAACCGCCUCCGCCACCGCACCGCCGCCUUGUCUCCGAUCAGAUCCGACCUCUAAACUCAGUUCCAAAAAUGGACGACGCAGAUGUCUCCAAGCAGAUCCAGCAGAUGGUCAGAUUCAUCCGCCAAGAAGCCGAAGAGAAAGCCAACGAGAUCUCCGUCUCCGCAGAAGAAGAAUUUAACAUCGAGAAGUUGCAAUUGGUAGAAGCAGAGAAAAAGAAGAUCAGACAAGAGUACGAGCGUAAAGAGAAGCAAGUCGAAGUUCGGAGAAAAAUCGAGUACUCUAUGCAGCUGAAUGCAUCUCGUAUCAAAGUUCUUCAAGCUCAGGAUGAUGUGGUCAACUCCAUGAAAGAUGCAGCAGCAAAGGAGCUCCUGAAUGUGAGCCAUGACCACCAUGUGUAUAGAAAGCUUCUAAAAGAGCUCAUUGUUCAGAGUUUGCUGAGGCUGAAAGAGCCUGCCGUCUUGUUGCGUUGUCGAAAAGAAGACCUAAAUCAUGUGGAGCAUGUUGUGCACUCUGCAAAGGAGGAGUAUGCAGAUAAAGCAAAGGUUCAUGCACCUGAGAUAGUAGUUGACAGCAUUUACCUUCCAGCUGCUCCUUCUCAUCAUAAUGCCCAUGGUCCUUUCUGCUCUGGAGGUGUAGUGUUGGCUUCUCGAGAUGGGAAAAUUGUGUUUGAGAACAGCCUGGAUGCAAGGUUGGACGUUGUAUUCCGCAAAAAGCUUCCAGAGAUCCGCAAGCAGCUCUUUGGUCAAGUUGCUGUAUGAUGGGUUCGAGUAUUAUGUUAUCAUCUCCUGUUUAUCCAAGUUUUCAAUAUUGGACAAUAUAUUGGUCUUGUGCUGUUGGAACUGCUAGCUGAUUUGCUUGUUUGUGUACUUUCAAUUUUCUGUUGCUAAAAUUUAUUUGUGGUUCCUGCUUGGGCUGCUUGAUAGUUAAUUUCUUUUCACAUAAAAGUGAGUUGAUUGGAUUAUGCUUUAUUGAGUUACUGAUCAUAAACUAGCCGAUAAUGAUAAUAAAUAAAACCUUAGAAUGCUGUUUAUUUUGUA